GGUGCUCUCCGACAGAGAACAGUACAGGAUCCAGGGAAUGCAAAUCUACCAAACCAUUCAAGGCGUGGUAUUCAGGCGUAGGUUCUGAGGUGACAGUUGGAUGGAUAGUAGAGAGGAGGCUGAAGCUGUGGAGGUCUGGCCGUGAAGGAAGCUGAGAUCAUGCGAAGCCCUCAGAGGAUGCUUAGCACCGGGGUGAGGAGGUCACUUCUGGGAGGACCACUUUUGAAUGUCGUGUGAAGGUGUGCGAUUAAAAGCAGAGGAGCGGGAGGCAGAAAAAAAACUGCGAGCGCCCACGAUAUGAAAAAACAGGACUGCCGAGAGGAGUGAUGACCAGUGAUCUUUGCUCAGGCUGGAUGUUGAAGCUCAUGCCUCAGGACACCUACCGAGAACAGUGCACCAGCUACUGGGACCAGCUUUCCAUCUACUUAGUGCCCCUCUGUGCCUGAACCGCUAAAGCCAGCCAACCACAAAUGGCUACCCAAAGGAAACACUUGGUGAAAGAUUUCAAUCCUUACAUCACCUGCUAUAUCUGCAAAGGCUAUCUGAUCAAGCCAACAACCGUGACAGAAUGCCUCCACACAUUCUGUAAGACCUGUAUUGUCCAGCACUUUGAAGACAGCAAUGAUUGUCCGAGGUGUGGCAACCAAGUUCAUGAAACAAAUCCAUUAGAAAUGUUGAGGUUGGAUAAUACAUUGGAGGAAAUUAUAUUUAAGCUGGUACCUGGACUACGAGAACAAGAACUUCAGCGUGAAUUGGAAUUUUGGAAGAAAAAUAAACCUCAAGAAAAUGGACAAGAUGACGUGUCAAAGGUUGACAAAUCUAAAGCAGAUGAAGAAGGUGACGAAAACCAAGAUGAUAAGGACUACCAUAGAAGUGACCCACAAAUUGCUAUCUGUCUGGAUUGUUUACGAAAUAAUGGGCAGUCAGGGGACAAUGUAGUGAAGGGUCUCAUGAAGAAAUUCAUUCGAUGUUCUACACGAGUUACUGUAGGAACUAUUAAAAAAUUUCUAAGUUUAAAACUAAAACUUCCAAGUUCUUAUGAGUUGGAUGUGCUGUGCAAUGGUGAAAUUAUGGGGAAGGAUCAUACUAUGGAAUUCAUCUAUAUGACACGAUGGCGACUAAGAGGAGAAAAUUUUCGCUGUCUGAACUGCUCAGCCUCGCAAGUCUGCUCUCAGGAUGGCACUUGGUAUCAGUCGUACCCUAUGGUAUUGCAGUAUCGACCAAGAAUUGACUUUGGGUAGGCCGGGCCCAGACUGCACUGAAUGAACCUGCACUGUUUGUUUACUCGUCGGCAGAUUGCACAGUGAGCGGUGUGUGGACUUGAGCGACACGACCUGAUUUUCAGCAUGCACAUAAGGCCAUUGUCUGUCUCGACAGUGUCAGUUUCCUUCAUGUUGUUUCUACUAGGAGCAAUCCAAGUGCCCUUCUGCUACUGACCAUCUGCAUAAGAUAUUCGUCUCGUCUCACAGUGUGCAAAGCACGGCUGAAAUCAGCCAGGAGUACAGCCGUGACUCUGCUUUUCAAUGUUUUGCUUGCCUGUUGCAAGAUUGUUCUAAUGUUAAUUACACUAGUAAAAUGGCUCAAUCCUUGUGGUGUUGCAGUUUUCACAUACUUAAUACUUUUAUUCUUGUUAAAAUAGAGUACUGUACAAGAACUAGUAUAAUUAUAUCUUGAAAUUAUUUUGUAUAAAAAUAUAUUUAGAAAAGUGGUUUCUGAGCCACUGUCCUAUUCUUGGUAAACUUUUAUGUAAAAAAGAAUAAACAGCCAAAAAAAAAAAAAAAAAACCAAAAUGCCAGCUCAUUCUUGAGUGUGCAAGUCCUUUUGUGAAGAAUUCCAGUUAUCUUUUGACCAGAGCACAUUACAAUUGGAGCUAUCCUGAAUGUCUGGGUAGUCUCUACCAUUGCACAGGAAGGCGUGUUAGCCCUUCACAUUGAAAACGUAUGUGACUUGGACAACUGAAGUUCAUAAUGUUGGCAGCUGAUCAUAUUGAUGUCUAAUAAAAUUAAUGUGUGAGUAUGUUAAUGUUUGUUACUGUCUUAGGGCAAGUGGGUGUUGCUUUACAAAACUCCAUUUGUUGUCUAGCCCGUGGUGUGUGUGUGUGUGCAUUAUGGCAUUGUUGAUGCCGUUUUGUGAAAGCAUUGUUUCUUUUAAGUUGGCCUUAGGCAUGUGUUGUGGCAUGCAGAGGGUUAUGUAUAAUGGUUUUAAAUACUAGGAUUUUAGAUUAUGUUCGCUCAUUUAUGGAUUUCCAAAAUCUCAAGUUACUGAUCCAGAUUGUUAGCUGCAUAUCACAUUUCCAAACCAUACCCACAAAAUAAAUGCUAUAUAAUAGAUGAAUAUUCUAACCAAAAUUGGUGGUUUCAGGAUAUUUUAUUUUAGAUACUGUAGUAAACAGGAAGUGGGAUUGUUUUAACUGUGAGUUCAUUAAAGGUGAGUGUAGUAGAAGUCAGAACUAUGAUGAUGUCCUUGAUAAUGACAGUUUGGUUAAGUCUUCCACACAUAUGAAAUUAGCCUGCAAGUCAGGGUCCUCUGUUAUCUUACUACAUGAAAAACAUUUUAGAUCUUGUCAAAUCCAUAGUUGAAAAGAAAACUGUGAAACAUGUCUGUUGGUUGCUUUGAAACAAGUUAACUUCUGACAGGUGGGGGAAAAUAGGAAAAAUGACUUUUCAGAAAUCUGAUAAGAGCACCGUGUGUUCCACACAUCGUUUUUUAGACUGUGAACACGGGUGCUCUACAUUUCCCAGUAAAAUACUUCACAAGCUGAUGCUUUCUGAAUUUCAGAGUGCUUCGUAGAAAUAAAACAUCGUACAGCUCUAAGAAAUAUACAAAGUGAAGCUCAAUCUUGGAGUAUUUCAUAAUUUUAAAAGGCUGAAUGUUUAUGGUUUUUCCUUACAUCUUUUUUCAAGUCAAAAGCUGCAUUAGAAGGCCAUAGCAACUCUUUAACUUCAGGUUGUUAUAGAUUGGCUGUUUCUGGAAGAACUCACGAGCAGGAUUUAAAAGAUAGUUGAUUUACUCUAAAGUUUAGACCAUUAUGCUUGACCAAAAAACUGAAUCUAUUAUCUAACUACAGAAAUUAUUUUGAUGUUUUGUAAAACCUAGUUCCUAGUUAUCUCUAAGAAAAUUUUAAAGAUACUACAGUUUGUCACAUUUAGAUAAGUGUAUUUUAAAUAUGAAGGUUAAUUUUAAUUAACUUAGUCAAAAUCAAUUUUGAAAACCAAACACUAAGACUUGGCUAUUUCGCUCCUCAUCAAGACGUAAGGCCAUAGGUGAAUUUUAUAUACAAGGUCUCUUUAAAUUUUGCUUGUUGCCUGAUCACAUGUUAUGACUAUUUUCCAAGGAUACAUAGGAAAUAGUUAUGAAAGAAAGCAGCUUUAUGAAAAGUUCCUUUAUUUAACAUUAUGCAUUGACACUUUCACUGAGAUGUAAUAGACUGUGUGCCAAAACAUACCAUUAAGGAUGGCUGAUGUCACAUGGGACCAUGAGUAAUGUGGUGGUGCUAGUGGAAUCAGGCUUUUUCAGUUAGCCUCCUCUGGUAUAUCAGCCAAGUGUAGACCACUUUCUUGUCUGGUGUGACAUGCACCAAAUUCCCAGUUAGUUGCCCUUGUAAGGAACCCAGUGUAGGAAACAUGAGCAGGCACUGUUUGUGGCCGACUUUGCAUGUACAGGGUUGCUUAACUAAACUCUGUAGAAUAGCCCUGAAUCCAUACACUCAAGAGUAAAGGAACGUUAGUCUUCAAUCUGUUGUCCCUUAAGCAAUAAACUAAAGAACUCUACUCCAGAAAAGAUUUUGUUACCUGUUUUACCUGCCUUAAAAAUCAGCCCUAAAGAAAGGGGCCAAGGAAUCUUGAACAUAAAGAAUGCCUGUGGUCUGUAAGAAUCACUUCAAAUUGCAGUGAUCACGUAAGUUAAUAGAGAAAGAAAAUGUCCUUUUCUCAGGCCUAAAAAUUAAACUAAAAGGUUCGUUGAUGAGAUUAUAUGAAGUCUGAGGUUUGGGUAACUAGAGUAAUGUUAACUGUUAAGCUUUACUGACUAUGUAAAAGAAAGUGCCUCGUUGCUAAAGUGCGUUUCUGUUUUAGGUUACCUGCAUAAGUCUCCAGUUAUCUGUACCUGUCUCAUAAAUGGCUUCAUAUCUAAGUGGGUACUUAAAAGCUAAAGUCUUUUUCAAAGAGUUUUGUAUCACCAAAGACAUUUUAUUGUUAAUAACCAUGUUGGAGACAGUUUGGGCAGUUCAGAAGAUGGAAACUAGUAGAUGACCUGACGGUAAAUAGUAGUAACCUUGAUUGCUUACUAAACAUUGCCAAUGAAGGCACUGCAGUUCAAGUUCUUGGUAGGAUGAGUCAAAUGCCUCUUUUGCUACAGUCAGCGUAUUUCCCUUCAAAUACGUUCUUUUUUUUUUUUCAGCUCCAUGUGGUAGACCUUAGAAAAUCCUCAAAUAUGAGAAAGAAAACAAAUAUCCUCCCCAAUGAAAAGUGGGAGAAAAGGGAACCUAGAAAAUUGAGAUUUUAAAUUUUAAGAAGCCUUUUAUUCCAUAGAGGUGGUAUGAAGGAGAGUAUGCCUGUUUUGCUCCUGGGUUCUUAGUAAAAUGUGCAGUUUUGUUGAAGACAGGCUUUAGUAGAAGUGCUGACAGGCCUGCCUCUGUAGAGCACAGAACAUUCUACUGGAUUAACAGAAGUGCUUUUGCUAUUUUUAAAAGCAAAAUUCCAUAAGGGCCUGUGAUAGUUUUUUAUUUAAAAGUGACUCUCUUUCUCAGCAGCCACUUUAUUGUUAUUAAACUUAGCCCUGUGGCCAAAUAUUGACAGUGGAGCACUGAAAACUGUCCCAGUAUGCCAUUCUUUCUCUGGGGUUGAUGGUCUGCUCUGGACCACCGCUAAGGUAAACUCUACCUGAGGUAGACCAUCUGCAGAGUGGAUGAAACAGCCCCACAGUCCUGUGUUGCCUGGUCUGCAAGCACUGUGCAACUGAGCUAUAUCCCUCAUCCAUUCCUCUGAUUGGAUUAGGAGUUCUCUAGAAAUCUACCCUUUAUAUCAAUAAAAAAGUCAGUAUGAAUUUGCCAAAUCUUUUCUAGAUUAGAAUCAUAAAAACUUGAAGUGCUGUUACGGUUGUUUUCAGUAUGUAAAUCCUCUGAAGAGCAAUAAGGGACAUGGCAUGUCUGCUAGGUCUACUGCUUCAGGAGUUGUUGAACAGUGUCAGGGUCACUAAAGACUCAGAAGCCCUCAGAGCACAGGGUCACCACUUGUUUGGAUUUACUUGAUGGACUUUGCUCAGUGUCUUCUGAUUGAAAACAGGAGAUUAAGGUACAAUACAAUGCCAGUAGACAGUAGGGCUUUCGUUGUGUUAAGCCGUGGUGUUUCUCGGGUCAUUUGAAAGUCUUUCUCUUCCUAGAAUAUGAUUUUCACAAAGAGCAAGUUUACAUCAUCAUGUUUUCUAGUAGAAUUAAAAUGUUUGGGCACUAUUUCAGAAAAUGAUAAAAAUUAAACGUUUCAAAAGAAUUGCUUUAAAUUUUCAUGCAGAUGUGUCUAACCUCAUCUACUUUUCCAUGAUUCAAAAUGGCGGCUUCCCAGAAAUGUGUUUUCAUCUUAAUUGUCUUUGAAUCUAGAAUCAGAUGUAACAGAUGUGUUAAAUACUAGGCCUAGUUUUCUUUGGUCUUGUAGCACAAAUGAAGACUAACCAUUCUGAGGGCAUCUCUACACAGUCUGGUGUAUUGACAUGGGACCAGGAGCAGCUCUUUCUACAUAUGUGUCUGUUUGGAGGUCACCCUGGCACUGUUGAAGGCCGAUUUUCUUUUGCAGUCUUUUUCAGAAUGGGGUGGGGGCCUAAGUGUCCUUAUGAAGCUGUGGUCCAGGACAAGAGCGUGGGGUGGGGGGUAUGUGUUCCUUCACUUUCCUGUGUCUGGUAACUCAACAGCAAUCAUUUCUUAGAAUAGCCCUCACAGUAAAUCUAGCACAAUAUAUUGUAAAGUUAUGUUGCUAAUUUUAUUUUGAAAUACAAAAUAUUUUAAGCUUUUUGUCAAAAGUGAUAACAUCUUAAUACAAAUAAAAACCUUUUUGUGGUUGUAAGAUUUAGCUUAUGAAUCAUUCAAAUUGAAGUGAAAGAAUUACCAGGUCAUUGUUAAUGACUUAGUCUAUUAAGAAUCUAUGUAUUUUUGUAAAGGAAAAGCACUUGUAGAUAUUUAAUCAGUACAAGGUCUAUGUCUGUUUUGCAGAAAGAAAAUGCUGCUUAGAGAUUCUCUUUAAAUAUUUUUUAUUUUUGUGCUCAUGUAUUUUCUGUUGAUCUAUGGAAUGUUCUGUAUAAAACUGUAUGACUGUACUGGUGAGCUGGAUACAUUUUUUUUAAUUCUGGUCUUAGCCAUGUAUAUUUGACCAUGUUGAAAAUAGUAUCUUUGUUAUUAAAUUUUUGAUUGCAUAUUUA